UUUCGGAUCCCCGCAGAAUAAUUCACCUUAUUUUACAGGGUCAAUUGAAAAUAAGCACGGGUAUGCAGUAUGCUGGUUCCGGGCCUUCUGGGUCUUGCCCGCUUGUAAUCUUCCGUCGGACGCGGAGUUUAGUUUUGAGACUCUCCACUGCGACUGGCGGGGAAGAAGAGAGAUGAACAAGCUGUUUCGAGGCGGAGGUGGCGGUGCUGCCGCGGCAACGGGCUCGAUGCUUGUGCGUUUCUUUUCAAGGAAACGCAGUGAGGAUGUUCGAAGGAUAAACCCUAAGGUUCCAAGGGAGCAGGCCAAGGCGAUCUCCGAAAGUCUCUACGAGGUUAUUAAGAAAUACGGCCCUAUCUCCGUCCCCAACACCUGGAACCUCGUUAAGGAAAGUGGUAUCAAUGGCCUGAAUGGUAAAACUCAUAUGAAGAUUAUUCUAAAAUGGAUGAGGGGAAGAAAGAUGCUAAAACUUUUCUGCACCCACCAUGGUUCAACUAAAAGGUUUCUCUACUCAACAUUACCUGAAGAAUCACAGACUGUACCUGCCCUAGGUGAUAAUUCUGCCACACCAUCUUCAGAAGCCCCAAAAUCAUCAAAGAAAGAAAAGUUGAGAAGAGAUUACAAGAGACUUCUCGAACCUGUUGCAAAUUAGGUGUUGGCUUUAGGUUUUGAGUCAUUGAAAACAUUUCCUCAACUACUUUGUAUUAGCAAAACAAAAGCCUGAUUCAAUCAAGUGUCGCCCAUCCGUUGCAAACCUGGGAAAUUUUUUCCAGACGCUUGGUGUAUUAUUAGUGGCUGCAACCUGCAGAAUAAUUUUUUUGGCCGUUUCUAUGUAAUACUUUGGUUUUGUUUGGGAUGACUUUCUUAUUGCUUCAUAAAGCAGCUUUGCAGUAUAAAAAUUUUAAAUUUUGUACUAAAAAAUUGCUUUAAGAAACAGUAAGAAAGUCAUCCCAAAUGAAACCUUAAUUGAAAACUCAAGAAACUUGAUACGUCCUGUUUCCAUUUUAUGCUUUCUAUUAUGAUGCACAGUACACUUGUGCAACUAUAUUUUUUUGAGUUUCCUUAA